GCAUGUUGUCCCGCGGCCGCGUGAACCUCGGCAACAUUGAGGACGACGACACCACUGUGGUCUUUUCUUCAGACUCAGAGUUGGAGCCUGUGCGGAGCCAAGCGGUGCCCACGAACGUCCACGACACGAAAGCUAACAAAUACUUGUACAUGAACAUCGUGACACCUGGUGGUUUCUUGUGGGUAGGGCCAACGACGUCGCUACCUAAGCUCUGGGCCUCACUACACGAUCCAGAGUUCACCGCGCUCCCCGCGGACUACAACGCUGCGAAGGCAGCCAUCUUCCAUGAGCUCAGCGAGUUCCCCGACGACGCGAAAUCCAUCUGGUUGCUCUUGUUUUUCAAGGUCAUGCCCAACAUGCAAGUCCACAACUACUCGUUGGAGGAGGUGAUCAUCAUGGAGCUCUUGCAGCAUUUCAACAUGGCCAAGCGCCCACGUGAGUUCACGUUCCAUUUCGUUGAAGGCUUCAGUGGUUGCAGAAGUUUAUCUACAUCCUUCAUCGGUUUGGGGCUCACUGGGAUCAGCCUCGACAAGCGCUACCACGAGUCGCUCGAUUUCGCGACGGACUUGGGCUUCAUGAAGUUCCUAUGCGCGGCUCGCUGCUUGCGUCCCGGCGGACUGUUCUGGUGGGGCCUGGAGUGCAAGACUUGGGUAUGGGUGAGUCGUCACACCUUCGGCAGGUCCGCCACUAAUCCCUUGGGUAAGCUCGACAACCCUGACGCUGUGGCAGCCAAUUCGGUCUUGGAGCGCUUCGUGAUCAUUGCGAUCAUUCUCAAUUGGGGCCGCCGCUUCUACGUCGUGGAGCAGCCGCAAAGUUCAUUGAUCACUGCGACCACGCUCAUGGAGACCCUCCUGUUGCAGCACUCGGCGAAAACUACCCUUUGCGACCAUGGUGCCUUCGAUGCGGACGAUGCUCCACAAAAGACGCUGAAGCUGAUGAGGACGCCACCGUGGGUCAUUGAGAUGAACGUCAGGGUCCCACGCAGCCGGAAUCGGUCUACUUUGACGACUUCUCACAGGAAGAGGCUUGCCGAUGGCACCAUCAAGGUAACGUACGACGGCAAGAAGAGCAUGCUGAAGCAGAGCGAGCACUACUGCGAGCCGGACAAGAUCUCAAUGGUUUGCAUCAAGUGCAAGGGCGACGCUACCGUGACAGACAGCAUCCCAUCGGGUACGAGCUCCGUGUACUCUCGGAACCACAACGAUAAGAAGGACGCCAGGUUCAAGGCAUGGUGGGCUCGAUCAAGCCCAGAAGAAAAGACCGAGUACUACGCGCGCCAGAGGAAGCGCGCGCAGCCCGGGAAAGGCCAGGCGCGCAUCUGGGAUGACUACCAGAUCGAGAACUACGAGAAGAAGGAGAAGGGGACCGAGGAGCGCAUCAGGAUCCAUUGGCAGACAUUCGAGGAGUUCGAGACUGGCAAGCUGAUCAGGAAUUGGACCGCCCAGCAGAUCGAAGAUGCUUGGACGAAGCUGACUUCUGACCCGAGGACUGGCGCCAAGAAGGUAAUGAACCAGUGGCUCAUCCCUGUCUUCAAAGGGGUCCUCCAAGACUUGGUGGAAUCCAACAUGACAGGUGUCAUAACCAAGCGGAGUGCGACCGCGUCCAGUGCAGAGCAGGCCGCCGAGCUCAUCAUUGACGCUAGCGAUGCACAAGCGGCAGCGUGGAUGGAGCACCAGCGUGCUCUCGAGCAGGAGGUAGGUGUGAGCGCUGACAGGGUGUUCGCCACGCACGUCACCAUGGAUGCCGAUGUUCAGUCCCGCAUGGCGCCGGACAUGGCCUCGGCGAUUGGCCAAUCGUGCGGGUCCCAGCUGAAGCGCAGAGCUCAGAAGCAGGAGGAGGACGAGGCGGAGAUCGAGGAGAUGGUCGGCAUCACCGAAGACUCAUCCAAGAAGAAGCCGAAGAGGGAGCAAAGCGCCACCGCUGCAAAUCUUCAGACGUGGAAUUGGGUGCAAGCGAGGAAGACCGCUAUUGAAGGCUGGGUGUCUAAGUUCAAUCUGGACUCGGAGAACAUGCAGAUGGAGCUCAAGAACACUGUCACCAUCGACCUCGGCAACGACGAGGUCACUACCAGGGAUAAAACGAGCCUCGCCACAAAGGAAGCCGCGGAGCGCAUCCAGAAGGUAGCAACCGAAUUCAUCAACAGUAACUUGGCGCGGAGGUCUGUCUUGGAGGGCAAGACUCCCGAGGAGCUAAGCAACCUCAAGAAGAACCUGCAGGCUAUGGAGACCGAGAUGAGGAAGAAAUCUUGCGUUCAAGACUACAGGGACGCCUACGCUCUCUGCACCAAGCUGGUGAAGGACUACAACAAGGCCCUCGAAAAGCAGAGCAAGACGGAAGGUAAAGGCGCCACUGCACGUGUACAGGCUCAGGAGAUAGCGAGCGGGAAGGUGUUGGGUUCGCUAAGGGAGUCCUUGGGCGUGAACUUCAAGCAAGGGAUCGUUCAGAACCCUUCAGACCUGUGGUCGAUGAAGGUCGUGAUGGUUGCCCGGCCCGAGAUCGCUGCGCAGUGCAGGGUGUUGAGCGCUUCAGAUGGGGUGACUAAACAGUACGAGUGGAUGGAGAAGCGCCUGAAGAAGGAUAAGACGUCAGCCCUCGCAUGCCAGAUCGCAAAGCCUGCAAUUCAGAAGUCCGUCAAAGAGUUCCAGAAAAAGAGUUGGGGUAGUGCCAUCUUCGAUACCGAGCUGUGCGCGGUCAUCGGCCCCUCCGCAUCGGUCUCCAUGGUGCCCUUCGGCAUUGCGGACAUCAUCAUGCCGUUGAGCGGGAAGUGCGACUACCUGAUUGUCUCUGCGGACGCUUGCCCUGGCAGCACCAUCGCAGAGAAGGCCUUGUACAUGGAGCGCCUGAACGCAGCGUCGAUGGGCGAGCUUCGCGGCAAGCCUGGAAUUGUCUGCGUUGAGGCCGCGAUCGGCAGCAUCUUGGCAAUUCCACCGAACCACUUGGCGCUCGCCAGCGUGCCUACGGAUGGCGGCUACGCCUUCAUGCGCUGGGGUGCCUUCCCAGACAAGCCCAACGAUGACAAGUACCUCGCAGCCCUCAACAAGACUCGGUCGGCAGUGGAUGGCAUGAUGGCGUCAUUCGAGGAGCUGAAGGACGACAGCACCAGCUGCCCGCAGUGGGCUGCGGUGCUCGAGGAGAUCUCUCGUUCCACGUGA